UUAUUGAUUUUAUUUGCAGAUCCUACUAAAUAUUUUGGAUGUGAGCUUGGUGCUCAGACACAGUUUGAUUUGAAGAAUGAGCGUUACAUUGUUAAUGGAUCUCAUGAAGCAGCAAAACUGCAAGACAUUUUGGAUGGAUUUAUAAGACGAUUUGUCCUGUGUCCAUCUUGUGAUAAUCCAGAAACUGUGUUGGGAGUGCUUCAAAAGAAAUGUGUGAUUACCGUCAAGUGUAAAGCUUGUGGCUAUAGUGGACAGCUGGAUAAUGCUCAUAAGUUAACAACUUUUAUUCUGAAGAAUCCACCUGAUCAUGAUCCUGCCACCUGCGGUGCUUCUGUUAAACCGGGUAAAAAAGGAAAACGUAAGCGUGAUGAUAAAAAUUCUAAGAAACAACAGAAUGGUGAUGAUGGUUCACCUCACGAUUCUGAUCCAGAAGGACAGCGCAAGGAAAAUGGUGAAAGUGAUGAUAAUGAUUGGUGUGAUGAUACCGAUGCAGAUGCUGUAGCAAAGCGAAUGGAGGUGCUCACCACAGGUGCCAAAAGCUUAACUUUAAAUGAUGAUCUUGAGAAAAGCCAGCAGCAAAGACUUGAUUUAUUUUAUGAAUACGUUAAGGUAUGUGUAAUAACUAAUUUACUAGCCAUUUUUAUUUUAGGAAGUAUUUUGAAACUAGAGAAUUUGAGUUGCAAAUAUUGUUUUUGUUAAAAAUUAUUGAGACUU